AUGGAACCACAGCACCCUCCCCACUCGAGAAACUCUCAUCAUCCUCAACUGCAGGCUCUCAUUCCACCUGCAUCCAACAUGCUGCCCUUCAGGUCUGCCGCUAGCACGCCCAUGACCUCUCCGGGCCUUUUCAGCCCCUCGAACCCGCAUCCGAAGUCGAGCUACCCGACCCAGUCCUCCUCCGAUUCCAACACCCCGAACGCCGAGACGAGCAGCCCAUACCUACAUCCGCUGCAACAUCACAAAGUCAGAGAGACGCACAAAGCUUUGAUCGAUUCCGACAGCAUUACCGGCCGAAAACUUAUCAACCAGUAUGAAGUUAUCGAAGAGAUCGGUAGGGGCAUGCACGGCAAGGUCAAACUGGCGCGGAACCUUGAAACUGGCGACAACGUGGCCAUCAAAAUCAUUCCACGAUAUUCGAAGAAACGCCGUCUUGGCAAGGUCAUGGCCAUGUCCCCACAGGAAAAGACGAUGCGAGAGAUCGCCAUCCUCAAGAAGAUGAGACACCCCAACGUCGUAUCAUUGCUUGAGAUUAUCGACGACCCAGAACUUAAGAAGAUCUACCUGAUUUUGGAGCACGUCGAAUUGGGCGAAGUUGUCUGGAGAAAGAAGGGUUUGCCUCACAUCUGCCUCUACGAGCGACGUCGAAUCGAACGAGAAGCCCGCGGCGAACCAGCCACACCGGAGGAAGAACAGUACGAUCUCUUGAUGGAAAGACGCUUCGCCCUCAAGGAGUUGAAGCGAGCCAAGAUGACACAGGCCAACAUGGGCGUCCAUGAUUUCUGGAGCAUCGAGCACGGUAUUUCCGAUGAUGCGAGUUACAGCUCCCGUUCCCGUGUUGCAUCCAAAGACGAUUUCACGACACUGGAAAGAAUUGGGGCCGACGGUUCUCUGCCAAACUCCCUACAGGCAUCUCGUACUACUUCAAGAGCCCCGUCACGGUCGCAGUCGGUCAACUCCAUGAAGAACAAUCCCGCAUUUGACCAAGAGUCCUUCGCUAUCGAGGACGAUAUGGAAACACCGGGCCCCCUUCGAUCUAGCAAUCCAGGCUCUGCUACGGCCCUUGACGGAACAAUGUACGGGCCCUACAUUGAGGAGGCUGCACUGCGGGGUCGCUCACCAAGCAUGGCUGACUCCAUCAUCUCUCACAUGUCCUCGGUGGACUGGAAUUCUCGGAUGCACGAUCCCUUUGCUGAAGACUUUUCCUACGUUCCUUGUUUUACGCUUGAACAAGCCAGGUCGACCUUCCGAGACACUGUCUUGGGAUUGGAAUACCUGCACUACCAAGGCGUCGUGCACAGGGAUAUCAAGCCCGCCAACCUAUUGUGGACCAGGGACCAUCGCGUCAAGAUUUCCGAUUUUGGCGUUUCCUACUUUGGCCGUCCCAUUCGAGAUGGAGAGCCCGACGAUGAGACUGUCUCGGAAUCUGAAGCACAAGAUUUUGACGACGAUCUUGAGCUGGCCAAGACGGUCGGCACGCCUGCGUUCUUUGCACCCGAACUGUGCUACACAGAUCUGGAUCGUAUGGAACAGCCCAAAAUCUCCGAGAUGAUCGACAUCUGGUCCCUGGGUGUCACGCUGUACUGCCUCAUCUACGCGAGAAUUCCUUUUCAGGCCGAGGACGAAUGGCAGAUGUUCAAGAAGAUCGCGACCGAAGAUGUCUUCAUCCCUCGCAAACGCCUCAAGCCUGUCGAUCCAUCUACGCCUCCCAACUCUGAAUCCCUUUUCAAGCGACACAAUGUACCGCCAUACAGAGAUGACAAUGAGCUCGCUUACGAAGAUAUCGACAACCUUCUGUACGACCUCCUACGACAGAUGUUUACGAAAAACCCCGAGAAGCGGAUCCGCCUGAGGGAUAUCAAGAGGCACCCAUGGGUCGUCCAGGGCAUCCCGAACCCCAUCACUUGGAUUGAUGAUACCGAUCCCGCACGGCCAUCUCAGGGAAGACGUGUCCAGGUCAACGACAAGGAGACUGCGCACGCCGUCGUGCCCAUUGCCUUCCUGGAGCGUGCGCGGUCUACGAUCAAGAAGACCGUUGGAAAGUUGAUGCACCCUUUAGGGGAUCGAAGCGAUAGCAAGUCUCGCCGAAGAGCCGCCAGUAGCGCCGCCAGCUCGGCUGGGGACAGCAUGUACAACGUACCGCCAACCCCUCAUUCGCGAGAUUCGCGUCGCAAAAGCCUCAAAAGCGAGGACUACUUUUCUAACGUCAAAGACUUCGCUGUAGGCAGCGAGCAUCCUUUAGUUCACAGCCAAGCAGCCACGCCGUACGAGUCACCCUAUGAUCCUCUCGCAACCGCCAUCGCCCAGCCUGCGAUCGGCCAGGGAGCCGCCCUUCUCCACGUUCUUCAAAACACCUUUCACAAUAGUCACAACAACUCUCGGACAAAUAGCGGGACAGCCUCGCCCUCGGACCAAUCUACAAUGGCAGGUACUGCGUCGACUUACAGACCCUACCAGCAGUACUCUCAGAGCCCUUCCAACGGCAAUAGCUACCUCACUUUGACCGCCGGAGUUCCUGAGGUCAAGACAUUGCCACCUACUCCAUAUGAUGGCACCACCGAUGACCCAAUGAAGGAAUUCCGCAAGGCUCGAGGCAUAGAGGCACUCACCGAGGAAGCUUUACGGUCUCGGUCUGUAGAUCGCGGUCUCUUUGCUAGCAACGACAAGCGCGCCCCUGCACAUGUUGGUGUCAGCACAGCUGUCGCUCCCGGCACUCUUCACCGAAUGCCAAGCCGUCCACGCCCAGUCCGAUCAGUCGAUCUUGGGAAGGCAAAGCAAGGCAGCAGCGGCCUAGCGUCGCCUUUGUUCUUCUCGUCCAGAUCUGUUACCGGGUACCAGCACGGCCAGCCUCAAUCAGACUCCAACAUUUACGAAAACCAACGGGCGAAUGCAGAUCUAGAGGAGCGACCCCAGACGGCCCACAGGGUGGAAACUGUUCGCAACCUACCAGAGGCCAGGACACCGCCGCCUCGAAAGUACAACACCUCAACCCCCGAGUCUUUCGCACGCGCCCAAGAUGAACAGCACCGUAAGUAUAUUGACGACUACCAGCAAAGGCUUGCCCAGCUGCAAAAUGACGCCGAUGGCACUACAUCUAAUAUUGACCCUACCGAGCUGCCCUGUCCGAUAUCCCCUGACGACGAGCUCUUUGGCACGCCGCCUCCACCAUCAAGGGAGGAUACCAUGGAGACCCGGCAGUCAUCCCGUUCAACAUCAAAUGCGGGCCUAGCUUCUCCCUUGACGAGCCCGAGUGAAAUUACAAGCCCCGUCUCAUCAACCAAUCAUCCGUCAAAGGAGGAGAUGCUUGCCUUCCAGUCCGACCCGUCCCUACCAGCGUUGCUGAGCGGCUCUAGCUCUGUUUCUGCGGACUUGGACGUAGAGCCACUGGUUGAACCAGGAGUGAUUCACCCCAGGCCGGCGCUCCUGGAGACGACUGAUUCCCUUACUCCUCCAGCAUUUAUGAAGGAGCCGAUUGCCGGCUUUCCCCUAGAGCAUUUUGAGCAUCCUUCAUUCGGAGAGCACUCCGGGCUGGAUAUUCUGCGAGUAAACCCUAGCCCUGUUAACCGGAGCUUGGCCCCGCCUCAGUACACACCUGAGCUACGGCCCCAGGACGAUGAGGACGAUGACAGCGACAGCGACGAGGGACUUACGAUGGCCAAAACGAAGAAAAAGAAGUCCUUGAAUCCGACUCCCACGGCUACCACCAGCGAGCGGGUUCAUUACGGAGCGAGACGGAGAGACACCAACAUCAGCAUCGCCAGCACCGAGACAGCUAAGAAGGUCGUCGUGCAUGGCGACGACGUCCGUAGCUCUUGGGACUGA